AUGAAAAUUAAAAAGUGACGACUCAUAUUUCUCUCCCUGGGAACAAUUUCUCUGAAAUUUCCGUUUCUCAUUAACAGAACUCUGAUCCGAGUCCACUCAGUUUUAACUCGUCGGUGACUCGCCGUCUCCGAUCAUACGUACGCUGUUGAAUUGUGUUUUGGCGGAGAUUUUGAGGGAAGAUGAGUGGAGUAUUUGAGGGAUAUGAGAGGCAGUACUGUGAACUUUCUGUCAAUUUGUCUCGGAAAUGCAAUUCUGCUGCUCUUUUGGCUGAUGGAGAGCCGAAAAACCAACAGAUUUCCGAACUCAAAGUGGGAUUGGAUGAUGCAGAUGUGUUGAUACGGAAAAUGGAUCUUGAGGCAAGAAGUUUGCAACCGAGUUUAAAAGCAACGCUACUUGCUAAACUGAGGGAAUACAAAUCAGACCUGAAUAAGUUGAAGAAAGAAGUGAAUAAACUAGCCUUGACUAGUGCUAAUCAAGCUGCCCAUGAUUUAGAGUCUGGAAUGAUGGAUCCACAUGCAGCUUCUGCAAAUCAAAGGGAACGCUUAGCAAUGUCAACAGAAAGGCUCGAUCAAUCAAGUGACAGAAUCAGGGAGAGCCGAAGGAUUGCCCUAGAGACUGAAGACCUUGGUGUCUCAAUUCUAGGGGAUUUGCACCAACAGCGUGAAACACUUCUACAUUCACAUAAUAAGCUUCAUGGCGUGGAUGAUGUCAUUGACAAGAGCAAGAAGAUCUUGACUUCUAUGUCUAGAAGAAUUAGCCGAAACAAGUGGAUUAUGGGCUCUGUGAUUGGAGCCCUUAUCCUGGCAAUCAUUCUUAUUCUGUAUUUCAAGCUUUUCCACCAUUGAGUACCCAUGUAAUUCAUUGGAAGAUUGGAUGUAAAUCUGGUUUGUUAUCAUGUAUCUGGCUUGUAUGCUAUAUGGGUUCGCACUUUCAGCUGCAUUCUAGUGUAUAACCUAAAUGAAACCAUCUGAUACUAAAAGGGAAAAUAAGCACUUGAUUGUCACAA